CCAGGUACCGCUACCACCAGGACAUCUCUGAAAACUUAAACGUAUUAACAUUGAUAUUGAUCGGUAGUGUGAAUUUUCCAUUGAAACAUACACCAGGAUGACCGCCUCGAAUGGCGUCGUCGGCAAGGACGAUGAUAAAUCGCGUUUGCAGUACAAAUCAAACAUCGUCCUGGGAUCAUCUGCAUUCGAAGAUCAGGAUAAAGACUCAAAGAGCUUUGCACCCAACAAGACGAAUAAGAAUUCCAAUCAUGACGAGGCAGAAGAGAAGAAGGACGAUGGCUCCUACAACGAGGAUGUCAAGCAGGUCGGCUACCUCCAGAUGUUCCGCUAUGCCACCACCAAGGAUCGCACACUCUACAUCAUCGGGCUGCUGUCUGCCGUGGCCACAGGCCUCACGACUCCUGCCAACAGUUUGGUCUUCGGCAACUUGGCAAAUAACAUGAUCGAUUUAGGCGGCACAGUUGAGGGUAGAACGUACCAGCGUGACGGCGAUGACCAGGGAGACUUGCUGCUGGACAAGGUGCGCGAGUUCUCGCUGCAGAACACCUACAUUGGAAUUGUGAUGCUGGUGUGCUCCUAUAUCUCCAUCACCUGCUUCAACUACGCCGCCCACAAUCAGAUUCUGACCAUCCGAUCCAAGUUCUUCCGCUCCAUCCUGAACCAGGACAUGAGCUGGUAUGACUUCAACCAGAGCGGCGAGGUGGCCAGUCGCAUGAACGAGGAUCUGUCCAAAAUGGAGGAUGGCCUCGCCGAAAAGGUCGUCAUGUUCGUCCACUACGUUGUGUCCUUUGUGGGCUCCCUGGUGUUGGCAUUUGUCAAGGGCUGGCAGCUGUCGCUGGUUUGCCUGGUUAGCCUGCCGCUGACUUUCGUCGCAAUGAGUCUGGUGUCGGUCGCUACGUCCAGGUUGGCCAAGCAAGAGGUGACCCAAUACGCCAGAGCUGCAGUCGUGGCCGAGGGCGCUCUAUCCGGUAUACGCACAGUGAAGGCGUUCGAGGGAGAGAGCAAAGAGGUGUCGACCUACAAGGAAAGUGUUGUGGCCGCCAAGCUGCUCAACAUCAAGCGCAACAUGUUCUCCGGCAUCGGAUUCGGCACUCUCUGGUUCUUCAUCUACGGCUCGUACGCCCUGGCCUUCUGGUAUGGCGUGGGACUGGUGAUCAAGAGCUACCACGAUCCGUAUUACGCCAGCUACGACGCCGGCACCAUGAUUACUGUCUUCUUCUCCGUGAUGAUGGGAUCCAUGAAUAUUGGCAUGGCCGCCCCCUAUAUCGAGGCAUUUGGCAUUGCCAAAGGCGCCUGCGCCAAGGUCUUCCACAUCAUCGAACAGAUCCCAACUAUCAAUCCCAUCGGCCAUCAGGGCAAGAGCCUCAACGAGCCCCUCACCACCAUCGAGUUCAAGGACGUCGAGUUCCAGUAUCCGACGCGCAGCGAGAUUCCCAUUUUGAAUCGUCUCAACCUGAAGAUCCAUCGCGGUCAGACAGUGGCCCUGGUCGGACCCUCCGGCUGCGGCAAGUCCACGUGCAUCCAGCUGCUGCAGCGCUUCUACGACCCCUCCGCCGGCGAUCUCUACUUCAACGGCCACAGCCUGCGGGACAUUGACAUCAACUGGCUGCGCUCCCGCAUCGGAACCGUCGGCCAGGAGCCCGUGCUCUUCGCCACAUCCAUCUACGAGAACAUCCGCUAUGGGCGCGAAGACGCCACCGAUGCUGACAUUGAGGCGGCUGCCGAGGCGGCCAAUGCGGCUGUGUUCAUCAAUAAGCUGCCACGCGGCUAUAAGACGCUGGUGGGCGAGCGGGGAGCACAGUUGUCUGGCGGACAGAAGCAACGCAUUGCCAUUGCACGUGCAUUGAUACGCGACCCGGAGAUCCUAUUGCUGGAUGAGGCUACCUCGGCCCUGGACACCGCCAGUGAGGCGAAGGUGCAGGCUGCCCUGGAGAAGGUCAGCGCUGGACGCACCACCAUCAUUGUGGCUCAUCGGCUGUCGACGGUGCGACGAGCGGACAAGAUUGUGGUGAUCAACAAGGGCGAGGUGGUGGAGAGCGGCACGCACCAGGAGCUGAUGAUGCUGAAGAAUCAUUACUUCAAUCUGGUGACCACACAGCUGGGCGAGGAUGACGACACCGUGAUGAGCCCCACCGGCGACAUUUACAAGAAUUUCGACAUCAAGGACGAGGACGAGGAGGAGAUCCAGGUGCUGGAGGAUGAGGACGAGCAGGAACCAGAGGCCGUCACAAAGGACAAGAAGAAGAAGAAGAAGAAGGUGAAGGACCCCAACGAAGUCAAACCCAUGGCGGAGGUGAUGAAGAUGAACCGACCGGAGUGGGCACAGAUCACCGUUGGCUGCGUCUCCUCCGUGAUUAUGGGCUGUGCCAUGCCAAUCUUUGCCGUACUCUUUGGCAGCAUCCUGCAGGUGCUGUCCGUCAAGGACAACGACGAGUAUGUCCGCGAGAACAGCAAUAAGUACAGUCUCUACUUCCUGAUUUCCGGCAUAGUCGUGGGCAUUGCCACCUUCCUGCAGAUUUACUUCUUUGGCAUUGCCGGCGAGCGACUUACGGAGCGCCUGCGUGGCCUCAUGUUCGAGAGGAUGCUGAAUCAGGAGGUGGCCUGGUUUGACGACAAAGCCAACGGCACUGGAAGCCUCUGCGCUAGACUCUCCGGCGAUGCAGCCGCUGUCCAAGGCGCAACUGGCCAGAGAAUCGGCACGAUCAUUCAGUCUAUUUCCACACUGGCCGUCGGCAUUGGUCUGUCCAUGUACUACGAGUGGAGCCUGGGUCUGGUCGCUCUCGCCUUCACGCCCUUCAUCCUCAUCUCGUUCUACAUGCAGCGCACGAUCAUGGCCCAGGAGAACAUGGGCACGGCCAAGACCAUGGAGAACUGCACCAAGCUGGCAGUCGAGGUGGUCUCCAACAUUCGCACCGUUGCCUCCCUGGGACGCGAGGAGAUGUUCCAUCGUACCUACAUCGGCAUGCUCGUCCCGUCCGUCGAAACAGCCAAGCGAAACACCCACUUCCGUGGCCUGGUCUAUGGCCUUGCCCGCUCCCUCAUGUUCUUUGCGUAUGCCGCCUGCAUGUACUACGGCACCUGGUGCGUGAUCAAUCGGGGCAUCGAGUUCGGGGAUGUCUUCAAAGUAUCCCAGGCCUUGAUCAUGGGCACUGCGUCGAUAGCCAACGCUCUGGCCUUUGCCCCCAACAUGCAGAAGGGAAUCACUGCCGCCAAGACAAUCUUCACGUUCCUGCGUCGCGAGCCAACGAUUGUGAACCGCCCGGGAGUGUCGCACGAGCCAUGGCACUGCCAGGGCAAUGUCACUUACGACAAGGUUGAGUUUAGCUAUCCCACACGCAAGGAGAUUCAGGUGCUCAAGGGUCUGGAGCUGGGCGUAAAGAAGGGCCAAAACGUGGCCCUGGUGGGUGCCUCCGGCUGCGGCAAGUCCACCUGCAUCCAGCUGAUCCAGCGCUUCUACGACGUGGACGAGGGCGCCGCGCUCAUCGAUGAGCAUGAUAUCCGAGAUGUCUCAAUGUCGAAUCUGCGCCAGCAACUCGGCAUUGUGUCACAGGAGCCGAUCCUCUUCGAUCGCACCAUCCGGGAAAACAUUGCCUACGGCGACAAUGCGAGAUCUGUCACCGACCAGGAGAUCAUGUCAGCCUGCAAGAAGUCCAAUAUUCACGAGUUCAUUACGAAUCUGCCACUGGGUUACGACACGAGAAUGGGUGAGAAGGGAGCCCAACUGUCUGGCGGUCAGAAGCAGCGCAUUGCCAUUGCGCGCGCUCUCAUCCGUAAUCCCAAGAUCAUGCUGCUCGACGAGGCCACCUCUGCCCUGGAUGCCGAAAGCGAAAAGGUUGUCCAAGAUGCGCUGGAUGCCGCAUCCGAGGGUCGCACCACGAUCAGCAUAGCCCAUCGACUGUCUACCGUUGUCCAUUCGGAUGUGAUCUUUGUGUUUGACAACGGCGUCGUCUGUGAGUCCGGCUCCCACAAAAAUCUGCUGGAGAAUCGCGGAAUCUACUACACGCUCUACAAGCUGCAGAGCGGAGCCAUGUAGACAGCAUUCUAGCAUACGAUAACGAUAAAAUAGCAUAAAUCUAGAUCAUAUAAAUAUAAUAUAUACAUAUACAUAAUAAACCAUUGUAAAGCCUAAGAAAUCGCGAUCAAAGUUAGGUAUUCGAUUGUACAAGAAGAUUAUUUAAGAUUAUUAUAAGAUUAUUUAUGUUUGUCAUUGCUUAAGACUUCUUUGAAUUUAUGUACAGAAUUUGUAUUAUUAAUUAAAACACUUCAAUUCGUA